CUUCCACCCCUGAGGAGACGUGAUUAAUUAUGUUUAUGGAGUAAAAGAAGCAAUUAUUGAUGAGCAAAAUACUGGACCAGAAGACAGGCAGACUGGAACAUAUCAGCUGUUUGGGGGUCCCCUGGCUGAACUGGAAGCAUGGAGGAGGGGAUUAAUGGAAAGAUGAACCAGGCCCACGUCCUCUUUGACCGAUUUGUCCAGGCUUCCACCUGCAAAGGGACUUUAAAAGCCUUUCAAGAGCUCUGUGAUUAUUUGGAGCUGAAGCCCAAGGAUUAUCGUACUUUCUACCACAAGCUCAAAUCCAAGCUCAGUUAUUGGAAAGCAAAAGCUCUUUGGGCCAAGUUGGAUAAGAGGGGCUGCCACAAAGACUUUAGGAAGGGGAAAGUGUGCGCCAACACGAAGUGUCUCAUUAUUGGGGCUGGACCCUGUGGCCUUCGGACAGCCAUUGAUCUCACCUUUUUAGGAGCAAAGGUGGUGGUGAUAGAAAAGCGUGAUGCCUUCUCCCGCAACAAUGUUCUGCAUCUGUGGCCGUUCACCAUUCAUGACUUGAGAGGCCUUGGCGCCAAAAAGUUCUAUGGCAAAUUUUGUGCAGGAGCCAUCGACCAUAUCAGUAUUCGUCAGCUUCAGCUGAUACUCUUGAAGGUCUCCUUAAUCCUCGGUGUUGAGAUCCACGUCAAUGUAGAAUUUCAAGGUCUUUUCUGUCCUCCAGAGGACCAGGAGAAUGAGAGGAUAGGUUGGCGUGCACAAGUCUAUCCAAAAACACAUCCUGUAUCAGAAUAUGAGUUUGAUGUGAUAAUUGGAGGGGAUGGAAGGAGAAAUACUUUGGAAGGGUUUCGGCGAAAAGAAUUCCGUGGGAAGCUGGCAAUUGCUAUCACGGCAAACUUUAUCAACCGGAAUACCACAGCUGAAGCCAAGGUUGAAGAGAUCAGCGGUGUGGCUUUCAUUUUCAACCAGAAGUUUUUCCAGGAUCUUCGAGAAGCAACUGGCAUUGAUCUAGAGAACAUUGUCUACUACAAAGAUGAUACACACUAUUUUGUCAUGACUGCCAAAAAACAGAGCUUGCUGGACAAAGGGGUCAUAUUACAUGAUUAUGCAGAUACAGAACUGUUACUGUCACGAGAAAAUGUGGACCAGGAGGCUCUGCUCAGCUAUGCCAGAGAAGCUGCUGACUUCUCAACUAAUCAGCAGCUGCCAUCGCUGGACUUUGCCAUCAACCACUAUGGACAGCCCGACGUUGCAAUGUUUGACUUCACGUGCAUGUAUGCCUCAGAGAAUGCAGCCAUCGUUCGAGAAUUGAAUGGCCACCAGUUACUUGUGGCAUUGGUCGGGGACAGCUUGUUGGAGCCAUUUUGGCCAAUGGGAACUGGAAUAGCCAGGGGCUUUCUUGCUGCCAUGGACUCUGCCUGGAUGGUACGAAGCUGGUCCCUAGGAACAAGUCCUUUGGAGGUCCUUGCAGAAAGAGAGAGCAUCUAUAGGUUGCUGCCUCAAACUACACCGGAGAAUGUCAGCAAGAACUUCAGCCAAUACAGCAUUGAUCCUGUCACUCGAUAUCCCAACAUCAAUAUCAAUUUCCUAAGGCCAAGCCAGGUACGUCAUUUGUAUGAUACAGGAGACUUGAAGGAUAUUCAUCUGGAGAUAGAAAAUUUGAUGAAUUCUAGGACACCAAAGUUAUCACGGAAUGAGUCUGUGGCCCGUUCUAGCAAACUUCUGGGCUGGUGUCAGAGGCAGACAGAUGGAUAUGCUGGUGUGAACAUAACAGAUCUUACAACGUCAUGGAAGAGUGGCCUAGCACUGUGUGCUAUUAUUCAUCGAUUUCGUCCAGACUUGAUAGAUUUUGAUUCUCUGGAUGAAUACAAUGUCGAGAAGAAUAAUCAGCUAGCAUUUGAUGUUGCUGAGAAAGAGCUUGGAAUAUCCCCCAUCAUGACAGGCAGAGAUAUGGCAUCAGUUAGUGAACCAGACAAGUUGUCCAUGGUCAUGUAUCUCACCCAAUUUUAUGAGAUGUUCAAGGACUCUCUUCCUUCCAAUGAUAAUCUGGAAUUGAAUGCAGAAGAAAAAGCUGCUUUAAUUACUAACACCAAAUCACCAAUUUCCUUCCUAAGCAAGUUGGGACAGACCAUUUCACGGAAACGGACACCAAAGGAUAAAAAAGAGAAAGAUCUGGAUGGUUCAGGAAAGAGGAGGAAAACCAGUCAGUCAGAAGAAGAGGACACUUCCAGAAGCUGUCGUGAAGACAGGCCCACCCUCGUAAGUGCUCUGACCGAGAGAAGAAUUGAUGCUGCUAUUGGGAACCAGAAUAAAGUGAAGUCCAUGGCAACCCAGCUGCUAGCCAAAUUUGAGGAGAAUGCCCCUGUACCGUCCACAGGCCUCCGGAGACAGGGUUCAUUAAAAAAAGAAUUCCCCCCCAAUGUUGGAGGCAGUGAUGUAUGCUACUUCUGCCACAAGCGGGUCUACGUGAUGGAGAGGCUCAGCGCUGAAGGCAAAUUCUUCCACCGCAGCUGCUUUAAAUGUGAAUACUGCGCCACCACACUGCGCUUGUCCUCCUAUGCCUAUGAUUUGGUGGACGGAAAAUUCUACUGCAAACCUCACUACUGUUACAGGCUCUCAGGUUAUGCCCAGAGGAAGAGACCAGCUGUGGGUCCAUUGUCAAGGAAGGACAACAAAGGGACUGUACAGGACAGCAUGGCGGCUGAUGGUGCAGGGCGUGCCAAUUCCAUCUCAGCCUCAUCAGAGAAGACUCCAGCUCCCAACAUAAAUGGCGUAGAGGAACCCAGUCUUGCUAAGAGACUGCGUGGCACUCCGGAACGGAUUGAACUGGAGAACUAUCGGCUCUCGGUACAACGAGAAGAAGACUUGGAAGAAGUGCCAGAGGAGACACUGGCAGAGCACAACCUCAGCAGCGUGCUAGACAAAGGAACCGAAGAGGAUGUACCCAGCAGUAGCUCAGAAUCUGAAAUAGAGGAGGAAGAAGAGGAGGAAGAGGACGAGGAGGCAGCAGAGCAGGCCCAGCAACCUACCUCUGAUCUGGGUGGUGUGCCUUGGAAAGAGGCUGUGCGAAUACAUGCCAUGUUGAAAGGGAAGAGUGAGGAGGAGCUGAAGACUGAGAAAAACCAUGAUAAUGAAGAAGAGGAGGAGGCAGAAGAGGAGGAGGAGGAGCUGGAGGAGGAAGAGGAGCAUGAGGAGGAGGAAGAAGAAGUCUCUAGUGAAGCUGGAAACCUGAGGCUCCAGCAGAUAGUAAAUCCAAUUGAUCCCCUGGAGAUCUUGGCUGAUGUGCACUGGACACACAUCCGUCAGAAGGAGGAGGAGGAGGAAAAAGUGGGUCCCACUUCUAAGUCCUCCACCUCAAGAGCAUCUGACCUUCCCUCCAUCCGCCACGAGGCAAUACAGGCAUGGCUGGAUGCCGUCCCAGGAGCCCUGUGUGAAGAGAACGAUGAUGAAGAUGAAGUAGGUACCGAGCCUGCAGAAGCUGUUGAAGAUGGGGACACCGGGGCAGAGUUGGAUGAUGAUGACAUCCCUUCUGAUGCAGAGGCAGAGUGUCGCAUCCAUCAAGAAGAAGAAGAAAAAGAAAAAGGAGGAGGAGGAGAACUGAAAGUCUCUGAGCUCAAGGAAGCAGAAACAGUCACCCCUUUCAUUAUGACGGAAGAUACUUGUAAUACUUGUCUUCCAGUCCAGUCACCGUGUGAAAUGACUGGUCCUGUUUCUUCAAUUUGUAACCAUAAGGAAGAAGAAAAAGAGGAAUCUCUUAUACCAGUAUCAUACAGAGAAAAGGCUUCGGAUGUCCAUUUUUUCUCUGAGCCUUUCCUCCCGGAAAAAGAAAAAGAAGACACGAUCCUUGAUGAUCAAAAAGUGCAAAGUCCACCAGCAUCAAUUUCACCAAUACGGUCACAGCCAGUUGCACUGCCUGAAGCCAUCACACCAAUAUCACCUGUAAAAUCACCAUCAACAGUACCCGUAGAAUCAGUUUCUCCACCUCUUGCCCCCUUACCUAUUUGUUCACAGCCUUUACCCACCACUGAAGCCUCCAUUACACCUCCAGCAGAGCCACCAGUGUGCUUUCAGCCUAUCCCAGCUUUUACUUCUACUCCUUUGGCCAAACUUGCUCUACAAAGUAAAGAUGGGGAGAUGGAAAAACUUGAAAGUCCCACCAGCACAGAAGAGACUUUGAAAAGAAAUAACCUUGUGGAGGAAUUCUGGAUGAAAAGUGCUGAAAUCCGAAGGAGUUUAGGUCUCACCCCUGUCAACAGAAGCAGGGGUUCAGACCCAAACUUUACUUACUCACCCCUUGAAUCUGUUCCUCUUAAAUUGUAUAAUUCUGAUGUGGGGUCAGAAGAAAAGGAAAUCCAUCCUGUAAAACCAUCAAAGGUAAUCAUACCAAAGUUGGAUAAGGAACCAUUUUCUUUGCUGACACCAACCUCCCAAUCAGAGAAAGAGCUGAAAAACUCAAGGGAUGUGAAAAGAGAUCUCUCCAGCAGUUCUGGACUGGGACUUCAGGGUAGUUCAUCCAACAUGAGGACACUGGCCAGCCAGAGUUUUAACACAUCGGAUUCCACCAUGCUCACUCCUCCAUCUAGCCCUCCUCCGCCACCACCUCAAAACGAAGAACCAGCAACCCUGCGAAGAAAACGGCAUCAGGCAGUUUGGCAGAAUGAAGCAGAGCCCGUACAAACCCCUCAGAUGAUACCAGCAAAUGAAAGGAUACGACCCACCAGAAGUUCAUCUCAACCACCCAGAGAAGAGGUGAGGAAGUCAUUUGUUGAGAGUGUGGAUGAGAUACCAUUUGCUGAUGAUGUAGAGGACACUUAUGAUGACAGAACAGAGGAUACAAGCCUUAAUGAAAAAUACUACACUCCGCCUAGCAAGCCAAGGCCUGAGAAGCCUCUUCAACUGCAUUUGGUUAAGGAAAAUGAUAGACCGUCGUCAACUGAAGGAGGGAAGAGAGGCCUUCCUCAAGUCUCUGCAGAAGCUAAGGAGUUAGCUGAGGAAAGAAUGAGGGCCAGAGAGAAGUCUAUCAAAAGCCAGGCCUUACGGGACGCUAUGGCUAAGCAGCUCAGCAGGAUGAAAGAUCUGGAGAUGACCAGCAGUGCUGUUGCUGCAAAAUCACGCAAAGCAUCCACAGCACCCUCAAAGACCAAAGAACUUACUUUAGACACCCCAAAGCAUCUGACUGGCAAAACCAGCGAAGGCCCUACUCUGAAGCAUGAAGCUACUAGUGAGAGGUUCUUUCCACCAUUAACGGACAUUAGCGGUCACGAUGGGUCUAUCACAUCAUCAGAAGGUUCCAGCGGGAAGAAUAAAAAAAGGACUUCUCUCUUCUCUCCCCGGAAGAGCAAAAAGGAGAAAAAGUCAAAGAAUGAAAAUAAGCAAUCUGACAAAUCCAGCAGCGCAGCUGAGGAAUCCACAAAGCCCAAAUCCCUUUGGAAGUCUGUUUUCUCCGGUUACAAGAAAGACAAGAAGAAAAAGGCAGAUGACAAAUCUUGCCCUAGCACACCUUCCAGCGGGACCACAGUGGAUUCUGGGAAGCAUAAAGCAUCUCCAUUGGUUAGAGCAGCAGAUUUGCAACUGCGCCAACACUUAAGCUUCUCGGAGGAUUCUGAUCUCUCCAAUGAAGAUGUCUUAGAACGUUCCUCACAGAGAUCUAAACGAGAGUUGAUUUACAUACCACACGCCUUGGCAUUCAAGAGAUCCUAUGCAUCAAAGAAAGCCUACACGGAGGAGGAACUCAACGCCAAACUGACCAGGCGAGUACAAAAGGCUGCUCGUCGUCAAGCCAAGCAAGAAGAACUGAAGAGGUUACACAGGGCCCAGAUCAUCCAAAGACAACUAGAGCAGGUUGAAGAGAAGCAAAGACAGUUGGAGGAGAGGGGAGUUGCAGUGGAAAAAGCCCUCCGGGGUGAAGCAGGCAUGGGGAAGAAAGAUGACCCUAAGCUGAUGCAAGAGUGGUUCAAGCUGGUGCAGGAAAAGAAUGCCCUGGUGCGGUAUGAAUCGGAACUCAUGAUAUUUGCACGUGAGUUGGAACUAGAGGACAGGCAGAGCCGGCUACAGCAAGAGCUUCGAGAGAGGAUGGCAGUGGAAGAUCAGCUAAAGACAGAUGAAGAACUCUCAGAGGAGAAGAGGAUCUUGAAUGAAAUGUUAGAGGUGGUGGAACAGAGAGAUUCUCUUGUGGCCCUCCUUGAAGAGCAGCGCCUUCGAGAGAAGGAGGAAGACAAGGAUCUAGAAGCUGUUAUGCUGUCCAAAGGCUUCAACUUGAACUGGUCCUGAGGGUAUCACCAUGCCUGGUUGCUGGUCUGCAUUGUCCAUUUGGCAUAUGCCAAGUUAGAUGGAGCUGCCUGGUUAGAGGAGACAACGUGGAGCAGGAACUGCUUCAGGAAUCUUGCAGCAGCCAAGUGCUAGAGUCAGGAGCUUCUUGCUAAGCGGGUUGCUUGUAAGGAGUCCGGUGUGAGGCUACAGAGCCAAGAACGAAGUCGUGAUCUGAGAUUGCGUGCCUUCCUUGAGGACCUGUGCAAGAGGUCAAUAAGUCUUUUUUUGUGUGUGAUCUCUGAGAGAGACUAAAAAUGAAAAUAUUUUGUGUGAUGUUUUUUUUUAAAAAGAACUUUAACCAAUUUAGGUGGGCCAUAACCUGUUCUUUUCAUAUUUACCCAACCUGUGAUAUUAAUGGAUUUGUUCGCUUAAAUAACAAAGGAAGGGGGUGUCUAAUAUCGUCUGAAAGAUCACCUUGUAGCAGCCUUUGGAAGAGCAAACCACUCACAAAGCACACUGUGUAGAUGCUCUUCUCACCAAAGAAAUCCAAAGCUGCCACUGUGGUCUAGGUAUGGAGGAACAUCCACAUCUGGAUGUUGUUGGGAGACUUGGAACACUAAGAACUUGAAACAUGGUUUCUUGGGAUUUCUACAAAGACAGGGACAGAGGCCGACUUUUUUUUUUUUCCUUCUCUGCAAUCCACAAGUUGCCAUUGUUCCAAGCAGAACCAGCAUGCAAACUUUUUCCUCUUGGCCAUGAAGUGCUCCGGACUGAAAGAAGCUGUUUCCUGUUGAUUUUGGACUGCUCUGUUGUGAACUUGAUAACCAUUUAGACACUGGAAAGUGCUAAUUAUCAAAAGAUGGGUUCAUUCUGAAGCAUUUUUGAGGGAUCUCAUGGCCGAUAGUUCCACAACUUCAAACUUCCCAAGAGUGGGCUGUUCAGUAGGUUUUUGUUUCUUUGUAUUUUGGGGAAUAUUUUUUCCUUUUUUUUUUUUUUUUUGCACGUCAGAAAUGAAGCAGAAGACCUAUCCUGGCCCUGUAGUCACUUUAGAUCCUUUAAUGUUCAUUAACUUAUUUUUUAAUACUUGAAAGAAAAAUUGGUUUUGUACCUUUUUAAGAAGUGAACAGAUGAGUAUAUGGUAAAUCUGUGUGCCAGCCCUACCUUUCCAUCUUUGUAUGUUUAAUGCUUUCCCCUCUUCCCUGUAUCUAUUUAUUAGAGUCAUUAUUAAUGAUAUUACUGUUACACAGUACAUUUGAUCUAAAAGAAAGAUGCUUUUAAGUUCCAGACUAUUGAUUCUGAUUUGGGUUUCUUCAUGUUUAUGGGAAGGACCUGGGAAAUAUGUGGGGAGAAUUCCCACAUAGUAUUUUCUUGUAUCCUCAAGGGAAAGUUUGGAAGGAAAGAGCAAUGAUCCUUGGUUUUAUUUCCUAUAUUUCAAAAAGUCCUCUUCUCUUCCCUGAAUAUUGGUAAAUAUACAAUAUUAUUUAGUGUUGUAAGAGUUUUGUAACCAGAACAACAUUGGCGCUUCUCUUUGUGUAAUCAGCCAAUGACAGUGGGCAUCAUAAAGUGCACCUCUACUAAGGGAAGGGUUAGCACCAAUUUCUGUGGUUCUAUCCCCAGUGUCCCCUGUUUCUGGUUUGUCCAGGAAAGGAAUAGGUGAUUCUGUCCCACUGUAAAAGCAAAAGGGACAUGAAAUAGACUCAUGAUUAACACCAGCUCUGAGAUUCCAUAAGCACAUAUCCUUCUCAAAGGUGCUGGCCUGCAGCUUGCAGAAUUUUCCAUUACCAGUGCACUGUGUUAGGGGGAGAAAAUGCCAGUCUCUGAAUUUAAGUCCUUUAUGGCAUCUUAAUUUACUAGACUGAACAGAGAAUGGAAUUCCAAUGCUGUAUUUAUGUCAAGAAGGGAAGCUUCCAGCAAGUUUUGCUUCUCCAGCAUUGCAACAAUAUGAGAAGAUAUUCCUGCUGUGAUAGCUGUAAAAGCUUUCCAGCAUUUUUUAGCCAGAUGUUGGCUAAUUGGAGCAAGGAUUUCCUUUCUGGUGUUUGGCAGCACCUACCUUGGAAAGGGAUUGUACCUCUUCUUGUCUUGAAAGAAGCCUUAAUUUCUACUUUU